UACAGCUCGCGCGGAAUGUACAUUUUUUAUGCUUCCUCCGCGAUCGACGUAUAAGAGAAAUCUCUGCUUCUCCGCGAAUCAACUCCCUAAAUCGCGGAGAUACAACUGCAACGCGUAUCGCGGAGUUUUAGAGAGUGUAAAAGCGCUAACUCGGAGGUUCUCCGAGAAAAUCCAUAAUUUAAUCGGUAAAUUAGUAAUGUACUUACAUAUUUAUUUUUUACUGUUUUUCCUUUUUUACUAAAUUAAUGUUGUACGUUAUUUGUUGCAUUUUUGUUAUUUUUCAUAUUUAGUUCGUCAAAAAAUUGUCGUAAAUACAUAAUCGAUACCAUGGCACUUGUACUUUAUCUUAACAAGUUAUUAUUCAAAACAUGUUAUCAAGUAUUUUAAGAUGUCCCAUUACAUUGUAUUAUAUUAUUAUUUCUAUUUUCAGGUGUGUAUGCAAAGGAUAGGUGAAAAGGAUAGCGAUUUUGUGUUCUAUUUAACAUAAACCAUACUAUACUUUACAUAUUUGUGAUAAAUAUAUUUCUCUUUUUGUCUAGUUCAAAUGCGCAAUAAAAAUCUGUACUUAAUUCGUAUUCAAUACGACAAUUAUCAAGCGAGGUGUUACAUUUUCAAAGAAUAUUUAAAAACAAAGAAAGGUGUUAAUUACAUGUAAUUUGAGUACUGGUUGUCAUCGUUGCCUUUUUUCUCGCCGAUUUUACAUCUACAGAUAUGUUAAUUAAAGCAAGGUGUUGAAAUUUCAAAGGUAAGAUUUCAUAGUUAGAACCAAGAAAGCUUUGAGUAAGAGUAAUUUGAGAACUGCGUGUCACAGACAGCUCACUUAUACAGGGUUGUCAUUAAGAGGCGGCAGGAGGCCAAAAUGCCUGUCUCAAAUGCAUUAUGGGCCGCCUCAAAAUUAAGAAAACACUCUUUGUUAUGCAUGAUAAAGACAGAAAUGACCGCCUCAAUUUCAAAACAAACCUUCUGCAAAAAAUGUUAAUGACAACGCUGCUUAUAUACGACAACAUUCAUAUCUUCCUUCAUUCUGCUUUAAUCUCUGACAGUGUAUUUCUAUAAUUGUGCAUUUCUAAAGUAAAUAUUCGUGUUUGUUAUUAUUUGUUCCAAAGGACUUGGACAUACUAGUGUUGAAAAAGUGUUUGUCAUUUUGUUUCAAAUCGAUAAACUUGGAUUUAAAAGUGUUUUAAUAAUAAGUGCUUUGUGCCGAUAAGUAUGGCUGUGCGCCAGGUGACAAAGAGACACUCUCACUAUCUAGUAAGGUAUGAUUGUGACAAGAAAUUGCAAGUGAGAACAGCAGGGUUUUUUGACACUGGCGAAAAGAUUACGGUUGGAAAGACGUACACGGUUCAGUGGGGUAUGUCCAAAAAAGAUGCAGCCACAGCAGAAGUCCUGAGUGCGGGUACCAGUGACGAGUGUAAUGUAGCCAUGAAAACAACGCUGGAAGAAGAUGGGAAACAGAAAAAAAGAAAGGCCACUUCUGCAUGGGGAUUACCAAAAAAGAAAAUGUGUAAACCACUCCGUCUUACUAUGCCGUCAGAGUGUCUCCCCAGAGUACCCUCGACAGAAGAGAACACUUCGAAUGUGUCUCUGCCUGAAGAAGUUGUUACGCCAACCACGCCCGUUGGGAUGUCACCGGAGCCUCUGGAAGAAGUUACACCAACAACGCCCGUUGUGAAUUCAUCGGAGCCUACACCUUCGACACCACGUCUUCGCCAUGAAGUUUCAACGCCUACAACGUCUGUUUCAUCAGAGCCGUCUUCACCAUUGACGCCACGCGCUUUUCGUCAGAGUGGGAUUAGUAGCCUCCAACAACUUCUUUCUACCGUGAACGUACUUGUUAAUCAGAACUCCCAACUUAUCAAGGACAACAGGAUGUUGAUUCAAAGUGUCGAGAGACAGUCCUUGCUAUUAAGCAAAUUAAGUGCGGAUUUUCACCAACUGUCUAGCAAAGUGGACACUAUGUCAGUGAGGGUUAACGAAAGUCCAAAAGAUGAUUGUGCUCCAUGCCAUGUUUCAGCCCAAGAAGUUGAGGAAGUUAUUACGUCGGAUUAUUCUUUAAGUGAUAGUGAGGUACACAAUAUCAAAAGUGAUAGCAACAAUGCUGGACACUUUGCGUCCAAUUUAGUUAAAAGGUUAUUCCCAGAACUCUUUGGUAUUGGAAAUUACAAACACCAGUUCAAUUGGUAUGGGGGAGGGAAAUUAGGAAAAAAAGAACUGUGCAGAGAAAGAAAGGCAUUGGUUCGCCAAUAUGUGGUCAGGUACUACCCUGAACAUAAACAGGAGGCAUCAUUCAAAGACUGUAUUGUACCGAAAGUCAAUGAACUGUUACGAAGGAAAGAAAAAGGCAAAGAAAAUGUGAUGGGUCAACUUGAUGAGAAUGCCUCAUUCUCAUCAUUCUUGACCUAUUUGAACUGUUAAUGGAAACGUAAAAAAAAGACAGUCAAAAACACGUUCAAAAUGUUGGAUUACUACAUGUACAUAUACUGUAUAUAAUGUAUUAAAACACUGUAUAUAAUUCAAUCACUUUUUUGAUAAUAAACCUGACAUUGUAUAUAUUUCAAUUACAAAAUGUUUUCAUUGUAUGUUUAUAAUAAAUGUUACACUGUUUACUGUAUGUCUUGUUUGAAAAUGUCUUAUGUUAAUAUUUAUGUUUUAAGCAAUUAAGUAUAAAAACACUAAUGAUCUGAUGUAUUAAGUUUCUGUAAUAAUGUUAAUAAAUGGUAGUGGAAAAAAAAUGUUGUACGUUUUUAAGUGAUCGAACACUGUAAAUAAUUCACUUUUUUGAAAAUAAAUCUGACACUGUAUAUAUUUCAUUUCAUUGUGUGUUUAUAAUAAAUGUUACACUGUAUACUGUAUGUAUUGUUUGAAAAUGUUUAUGUUAAUAUUCAUGUCUAAGCAAAAAAGUAUAAAAACACUGAUGUAUUGAUAGUUUCUGUAAUAAUGUUAAUAAAUGGUAAUAAAGUAGUGAAAAAAAAUGUUGUACGUUUUUAAGUGAGCCUCGUAUCCAUUAUCUGAACUCUAUAUCUACAUACAUGUACAUGUAUACAAAGUCUGAAAUGCGAGACUGUUCAACAUCGGCUUAAAAAAACACGAGUAUAGUAACAAUUUUUCAGGGUAGAAAAGGAAUCAGUGAAGUAAAAAACGGGAACAAAACUAAAACUUUACCGGUCAAAUGAAGGUAAAAACAUCCGUACAAGAAACAAGAGGGCCAUGAUGGCCCUAGAUCGCUCACCUGAAUUAUCAAACUCAUCCAAACAAUUACCUAGACAAGCAUUCUGACCAAGUCUCAUGACAGGUGAGUCAAAAAUGUGACCACUACAGUGUUAACAAGGAUUAUCCAUAUUUGAGCAGUGCGACCUAGUUUUUUACCCAGGUGACACAUAUUCAAACUUGACCUAGAAAUCAUCAAAACAAACUUUC